CGAUCCCCUUUCUCCGUAUCCACAGAAAAAGAAGACCUCCUCUUCUCAUCCCGUCGCUUUCGUUCCAACCGUUACGCCCUCGUUCCGGAUUCCAUGCGGAAGACAUCGCCAUUUCCUUCAUCUCCAUCUCCUCUUUCUUCCCAAAACAAGAAGAAGAUUUCAACUGGAGGAAGCAAAAGAGAGAGACCAAAAGAAGCCGAUCAAGAAUCAAAUAAAGGGAGAGAUUAAGCGAAGAACAAGAGACGAAUCCGAUCGGACUGGAUCGCCGGCAAGCGGGCGGCGGCGAAGGAGGAGGAGAGGGAGAUGGAGCGGGGGAGGGCUGGAAGCCCGCUGUACGUGCGGCAGAAGAGCAUAUCGAGCUCGUCGGGCGGUGGGGCGUCGUCGCCGAUGAUGUCCCCGAUGCACCGCCACGUCCGCACGGGCUCCUCCGGCGUCGCCAACUUUCGCCGCCAGCAGAACACUGCCGCCCGCGCCGCCGCCCAGCGCCUCGCCCACGUCAUGGCCCACCAGCCUGCCGGCGACGACAGCGACGAUGAUGAGGACCCUGCCGCCCCCCUGCCGGAGCUCUCCACCCCCCGCCGCGCCGCCCGCUCCCCCUCCCCUGCGGUAUAUUCUCUUCUUUAUUUUAUUUCCCCUCUCAAACAUUGGGGGUGCUGGUACAUUUGUGCCAAUGUGGGCCUUCAACAUAGAGAUGUGGAAGACUGGAUGAACUCGGACGCCAUCCGGAAGCUCAAGCUUAUAGGUCGUUACCUUGCUGAGCAAACUUCAACUAUUCGUCUUACAUCAGCUGGUCGACCAUCUAUUGCGGCAAAACCAACUACUUUGAUACCACCUAUUAAACCAUCACCAAGGCCAAUUAUUACUACAUUGGCAUCAGAGUCUCCUGUUGUUAGUCGAAGAGAGAAAAGGAUGUCUAUCGAUUUGGGAAAUUUGAAUUUGAAAGAAACUGUUCAAACACGUUCCUCUUCUGCUCUUCAAGAUGAGAUUGACGUCCUUCAGGAAGAAAAUGAAAACCUUCUUGAAAAGCUUCGACUUGCAGAGGAAAGGUGUGAAGAAGCAGAGGCAAGGGCUAGACAAUUUGAGAAAUGGGUUGCUUCAAGAGCUGCUAUGCAAACAAGUGGUCCUAACAAUCAAGAGGUUGCAUCUCUUCGAAUGAAAGCAAAGAUUGCUAGAGACGAGGCAGCAUCCCUGGCCGAACAUCUUCAAGAAGCAGAAUUGGAAAUCAAAUCUCUUCGAACAUUGGCACAGAAAAUGAUUUUGUCUCCAGAAGAAAUGGAGGAGGUUGUUCUCAAGAGGUGCUGGCUUGCUCGAUAUUGGAAAUUAUGUGUCAGUUAUGGCAUACAUGCUGAUGUUGCUGAAACAAAGCAUGAAUACUGGUCAUCCUUGGCCCCAGAUCCUAUGGAAGUUGUCUUAUCUGCUGGACAGAAGGCUAGAGAUGGAAAUCCAUCAGAAAUAGCUGAUAUAGAGGAGAAGGACAAAGUGCAAUUGAAUGUAAAUGAUCUAGCUGAAGAGGGAAAUAUUGAGUGCAUGAUUUUAGUUGAGAAGGGCUUGCGAGAACUAACUUCAAUGAAGGUAGAGGAUGCUGUCCUUCUUGCAAUGGCUCGACAUCGACGUGCAAGUAUCAAGUCUGGAUCAUUCUCAGGUUCAUCAAUUGCAGCUGAAGGUCAAAAUCCUGUGGAAGCAGUUGAAUUGAGUCAGGAGGAGUCUGAGGAUGUGCUCUUCAAGCAGGCUUGGCUUACAUAUUUCUGGAGGAGAGUCAAAAAUCAUGGCUUGGAAGAGGACAUUGCAGAUGAACGUUUGCAAUUUUGGAUUGAGCAAAAUAACCACUCCCCUACCUCACAUGAUGUGGUAGAAGUUGAGCGUGGGCUUUUGGAGUUAAAGAAGUUGGGGAUUGAGUCCCAGCUGUGGGAAGCAGCACGGAGAGGGAGUGAUCAAGAUGCCAGAAGUCAGGCUGAUUCAGAGCUUUGAGUUUGCUGACAAAGAGCCUUCUCUCCAAAUGUAGAUCAAUGACAUUAGAUGCAGUUUGAUUGCUUCUCAAUUCUUCAUAAACUACAGUUUUACUAUUUUUAGUUGAGAAUUUACCUCAUUCUUCCGUGCUCGUCAUUGACCCGGUGAGAAUUGCUUCUUUUUGGUAGGAGAGGUUGUGCAUUCCUCUACUAGUCAUGAGUGAUGAAGAUAUCGUGCUCGCAUACGAGCAUCAGAUGUUUGAAAGGCUCAACCACCCUGCAGUUUCUUCUGUCGGCGAAUGAAAACAUGGUUUUGCAGUGUGGCAGUCAGUGAUCCAAGGAGUGCUUCCUGAGUGAACCCCGGAGAUGUUAAAAAUUGUUGAAAUUUCAGAUGCAAAUCAUUACAUUUCGUUUUGUGUUUUCUAUCACCAUCUGCCUCGUGAUUGUUUUGUUUACUUUUUUGCACUGUUAUGAUAAUGUAAAAAGUCUAUCGAGUAUCAAGUGUACGUAAAAAGUUUAAACUUUUAAUUCAAACAAAAGCAAAAUUCUUU